AGGGAUACCAAAUCUCAAUACUCCACAUUAAACAAUCUGGUCGUAUAAAAGGGAGUCCAUCCCAAUUACGUCGGAACCACGCCAUUUUGAUUUAUUCUUUCCUUCAUUUCCUGGUUCAGGGCUUUCUGUUGUGUUAUAUUCGCUCUCUCCCCCGAAAUAAAGUGAAUAAGAAAGCUGUUUUGAUACACUACACUGCUGAAAACCAAAAAAAAAAAAAAGAUAAAAAAAGAUGUUUGGAAGAGCACCCAAGAAGAGUGAUAAUACGAGGUACUAUGAGAUUCUGGGUGUUUCCAAGAAUGCUUCCCACGAUGAUUUAAAGAAAGCCUAUAAAAAAGCCGCCAUUAAAAACCAUCCAGACAAAGGUGGUGAUCCUGAAAAGUUUAAAGAGUUAGCUCAAGCUUAUGAGGUUUUGAGUGAUCCUGAGAAACGUGAGAUAUAUGAUCAGUACGGUGAGGAUGCUCUCAAGGAAGGAAUGGGUGGUGGAGCCGCGGCUCAUGACCCCUUUGAUAUAUUUUCAUCCUUCUUCGGUGGUAGUCCCUUUGGAGGUGCUAGCAGUCGAGGAAGAAGACAGAGACGGGGAGAGGAUGUAGUUCAUCCCCUGAAGGUGUCUCUGGAGGAUCUUUACCUUGGGACCUCAAAGAAGCUUUCACUUUCCCGCAAUGUGAUAUGCUCCAAGUGCAGUGGCAAGGGUUCGAAAUCUGGAGCUUCAAUGCAAUGCCCUGGUUGCCAGGGUUCUGGUAUGAAGAUUUCGGUCAGGCACCUUGGUCCUUCCAUGAUUCAGCAAAUGCAACAUCCUUGCAAUGAAUGCAAGGGUACGGGUGAGACGAUAAAUGACAAGGACCGCUGCCCUCAGUGUAAAGGUGAGAAGGUUGUUCAGGAGAAGAAAGUGCUGGAAGUCAUUGUAGAAAAGGGUAUGCAGAACGGACAGAAGAUUACGUUCCCAGGCGAAGCUGAUGAGGCUCCUGAUACCAUUACAGGGGACAUAGUCUUUGUCCUUCAGCAGAAAGACCAUCCAAAAUUCAAGAGAAAGGGAGAAGACCUGUUUGUGGAACAUACAUUGGCUCUAACUGAAGCUUUGUGUGGCUUCCAGUUUGUGGUUACCCAUCUUGAUGGUCGACAACUUCUAAUCAAGUCGAUUCCUGGGGAAGUUGUUAAGCCUGAUUCAUUUAAGGCAAUCAAUGAUGAGGGGAUGCCCCUGUACCAGAGGCCAUUCAUCAAGGGCAAAAUGUACAUUCACUUCACCGUUGAAUUCCCUGAUUCUCUGAACCCUGAUCAGAUUAUGGCACUUGAGGCUAUUCUGCCGCCAAAACCAACAUCUCAUUUGACCGAUAUGGAGCUCGAUGAGUGCGAGGAGACCACGCUACACGAUGUGAACAUUGAAGAGGAGAUGAGGAGGAAGCAGCAGGCAGCUCAGGAAGCCUAUGAUGAAGAUGAGGAUACGCAUGGUGGUGCCCAGAGGGUGCAAUGUGCUCAACAGUAAUGAAUUGAAGCUGGGUUUGAGUAGUAUUCAUAUUCCUAGGUUUAUGGAAGCUGAUCUUCAUAGUAACAUAACUGGGACUGUAUGGUUUUUUUUGCAAGUCUGCUCUGUUGCAGUCCGGAAGUGUUCUUUGUUUACCAGACAUUUUUAUAGAAAAUGUCGAUUUCUCUGUAGGCUAUUUAUUUAUUUUUAAUUAAUGUUUUCUCACUUAAGAUUUCCACACUUUCA